AUGGCAAACGAAGCUGUUGGCUAUAUUUGUGUAAUCAUUGCAAUUGCUUUCUUCGGCUCCAAUUGGGUCGUCGCCAAGAAAGUACCUUCUGGUGAUGGUGUGUUCUUCCAGUGGGCCAUGUGUAUAGGUAUUCUUAUCGUUGGUAUUUUCACUCAAAUGAUUGCUGGUGCCAGUAACCAAACUUUGAUUUACUUAGAGCCAUUUGCUCUUCUUGGGGGAGCCAUUUGGUGUACUGGAAACAUGUUAUGUGUUCCUGUGAUUCAGAUGAUUGGGCUUUCCCUUGGUCCUGGUAUUUGGGGUAUUGGGAACAUGGUCAUGGGCUGGUUAACAGGAACGUUUGGGUUCUUUGGACUUGCUUCUGAUCGUAACAAUGUGAAGAUCUUCUGGUUGAAUUGCGUUGGUGCAGUCUUAACAGCGCUUUCUGUUCCAUUCUACGCGUUCAUCAAGACUUCGACUAAAGAAGAACGAGCUGCUGCAGAAGAAGCUAAGAAGAAAGAAGAGGGCGGUGAAGGAGAGAAGAGUGAGAACACGCCGAAGGCUGUUGAAAUGUCUGAUAAGAGCGAAAAGAGUAAUGAGAAUGCUGAGAACAAAACCGACUUAACUAAAGCACCUGAGACUGAAGUGAAAGAAGAUGGACCGAAAGAAGAGGAGAAACAAGAAUUCAAAGAAGUUGAAGAGGAGUCUCCGAUUUUCAUUAUGAUCAAAGCAUGGCCGAAAUGGGUCCAAAUGAUAGUUGGAGUCAUCUUAGCUGUAGUAGCUGGUGUGUUGUUUGGCUCAGCGUUUGAUCCAUCGAAGUAUUUACAAGACAAUGGAAAGGCAUCUCCGGAAGGUAUCGACUACGUCUUGGCUCACUUCUUGGGCAUCUUCUUGGCGUCGAAUAUGUACUUCAUCUGCUAUAUCAUUCUCUUCCAGAACAAACCUUUCAUCUAUAAACAAACGAUUCUCCCUGCUAUGAUGUCGGGAAUGA